UCGUUUCGUGUGAACACCACAGUGGACAAUCUCUGUAAUCAUCUCCCCCAAACCAAAGAUUACGGGCACCAGCACAGGAACUGACAGACAGGGUGGCCGAGGGCCAUCUGAUCGUUAUACGCAUCGCGGCGGCUUAACCAAUAGCCAAACACUCCCAAAGAGAGAAAAACAAACAGAACGAAUAAAAUCUUUCCAUUUUCCCUUGAGAAUUUCGGUUCCUAUCAAGCAAUUACACUCGAUUCUCUUAAUUUUUCCUAUUCCAGUUAGAUCUGUACCUGUACCGAUUCUCUUCGAACUUGUCGAUUCGAAAAUUCGCAAAGGGAAUUAAUUUUCCUUUUAUAUAUUUCUCUUAUCUGUUUCCAUAUCUAUAUAUAAUAGUGGUGAAUAUGUUUCGAUUUGUGAAAGAGAAGAUCAGAAAACGCAGGCUUCUUUGAUUGUUUGGGGGGAAAAUUGACGGAAAGAGAAUUCUAUGGUUGUUGCUUUCCCUAUGGCCGACGGGCUUUCUGUGAUUCCUGCUUCCGUUGUGCGAAAUCUCUCCGAUAAGCUUUAUGAGAAGAGGAAAAAUGCUGCUCUCGAGGUUGAGAAUAUUGUGAAGCAACUGACGGUGGCCGGAGAUCAUGAUAAGAUUACGGCGGUGAUCAAUUUGCUAACUAACGAGUUCACGUUUUCACCGCAGGCCAAUCACCGGAAGGGAGGAUUGAUAGGAUUGGCUGCGGCUACCGUUGGGUUGACUUCAGAAGCAGCUCAGCAUCUUGAGCAAAUAGUACCACCAGUGCUAAAUUCUUUUUCUGACCUAGAUGGCAGAGUCCGCUAUUAUGCUUGUGAGGCUCUGUAUAACAUUGCAAAGGUUGUGCGAGGAGAUUUUAUCGUUUUCUUUAAUCAAAUCUUUGAUGCUCUCUGUAAGCUCUCAGCAGAUUCAGAUCCCAAUGUACAGAGUGCUGCACAUCUUUUAGACAGACUUGUAAAGGACAUUGUCACAGAUAGUGAUCAGUUCAGCAUUGAAGAAUUUAUACCAUUGUUAAGAGAGCGCAUGAAUGUCCUGAAUCCUUACGUCCGCCAAUUUCUGGUAGGAUGGAUCACUGUGUUAGACAGUGUGCCGGAUAUUGAUAUGUUGGGUUUUCUUCCCGAUUUUCUUGAUGGUUUGUUUAAUAUGUUAAGUGACUCUAGCCAUGAAAUAAGGCAACAAGCUGAUUCAGCCCUUUCAGAGUUUCUUCAAGAGAUCAAGAAUUCUCCAUCUGUAGAUUAUGGUCGUAUGGCCGAGAUCCUGGUACAAAGGGCAGCUUCACCUGAUGAGUUUACUCGGUUAACUGCUAUUACAUGGAUAAAUGAGUUUGUAAAACUUGGAGGAGAUCAGCUUGUUCCUUAUUAUGCCGAUAUUUUUGGUGCUAUUUUGCCUUGCAUAUCUGAUAAAGAAGAGAAAAUAAGAGUUGUUGCUCGCGAAACAAAUGAAGAACUGCGUGCAAUCAAGGCUGAUCCAGCAGAAGGAUUUGAUAUUGGAGCAAUUCUCUCUAUUGCAAGGAGGGAGUUGUCUAGUGAAUGGGAUGCUACUCGAAUAGAAGCAUUGCAUUGGAUUUCAACUCUUUUAGACAGACAUCGUGCAGAGGUUCUGUCUUUUCUGAAUGAUAUUUUUGACACUCUUCUGAAGGCACUAUCAGAUCUAUCUGAUGAGGUAGUGCUGCUGGUGCUUGAGGUGCAUGCAUGCAUUGCCAAAGAUCCACAGCACUUUCGCCAGCUUCUUGUUUACUUAGUUCAUAACUUUCGGGUCAACAACUCGCUCCUAGAGAAGCGUGGUGCUUUGAUAGUACGUCGACUUUGUGUACUUUUAGAUGCUGAAAGAGUUUACCGAGAACUCUCUACAAUACUUGAGGGGGAAUCUGACCUGGAUUUUGCUUCUGUUAUGGUCCAGGCUUUGAAUUUGAUUUUGCUUACUUCUUCCGAGUUGUCUGAUCUUCGAGAUCUUUUAAAACAAUCACUUGUCAAUGCUGCUGGGAAGGACUUAUUUCUCUCUUUGUAUGCUUCAUGGUGCCAUUCGCCAAUGGCAAUAAUAAGUCUUUGCUUAUUAGCUCAGACUUACCAACAUGCCAGUUCUGUCAUUCAAUCUCUGGUUGAGGUAGAUAUUAAUGUCAAAUUCUUGGUCCAGCUUGACAAAUUGGUCCACCUACUUGAGACACCAAUCUUUGUUUAUCUUAGGUUGCAGCUUCUUGAACCUGGUAGAUACAUAUGGUUGUUAAAAGCCUUGUAUGGUCUUCUGAUGCUGCUUCCCCAGCAAAGUGCAGCUUUUAAGAUUCUACGAACUCGAUUGAAAACCGUACCUUCAUACUCUUUCAGUGGCGAGCAACUAAAGCAAACAUCAUCGGGGAAUCCUUACUCGCAGAUUAAUUUCAUGCAGAGUGGAUCCCAAAUCUCUCAUGAUGGUGACAUGAAUGAGGAUUCGCGAAGUGUUCAUAAUGGAAUAAACUUCGCUUCUAGGCUGCAACAGUUUGACCUUAUUCAGCAGCAGCAUCGUGUGCAUUCAAAAUCACAAGCACAGUCACGCUACGGUUCUACUUCAUCAACAAAGGAGGUACGAAGACCAGAAGAACCCAGGCGACCUUCGCCUGUGCCAGACAUGAGCAGGGCACCUUCAAGAUCGUCCCGUAGAGGUCCUGGACAGCUGCAACUAUGACGAUUUUGCCUCUUGCCUCUAAGUCGAGGCCAAUUACACAGUAAUCCAUGUCUGUUGUGCUGGAUGAGGUCGGUUAAUUUGUAAAUUGUAUAUCGUAGUACUUUGUCUUGUUAAACAUACUAAGGGUUGGGAUGGUGGGGAUUGGGUUUUGAAUUCAGUUUGGGUGCUCCCGAGCUAUUCUUUUUCUCUGUGAAACGGGAUAUGCUCAUAUGGUUCUGUUAUUUUUAUUGAAAACCAUAUGGGCUAUAGAUAGAUAUUUAAUUUAGGAAAUGCAGCUUGUUUUUUUACUAUUCUUCUGCUACAGCAAUCAAAAUUUUAAUUAAAAAAAGUCUGAUUUGUUAUCAUUAUGAG